GAUCUGCAUCCUUCACUAUUCACACACCUGUGUGACAGGUAAGGGCGUGGGCAGGUAGAGUCGCGCCUGCGCACUAGUGACUUCGCCUUGGCUACGUUGCAGGCUCUUCUCACCUGGGUCCAGCAAAGCGGAAGCGAUCUGUGCAUCCUCCUCUGCUCCCCGGCUGUCACCACCACCUCCGGCUUCCUUCCUCCACCCGGAUCCUCCUCCGUCACCUGCCUCCUUCAGCCGCCGCCUCAGCCCGGCACAGAGCUGCAAAGUGAGGAGAAGUCCAGAAGUGAGAGCCGCCGCUCCAUCACUGUGAUGGAACGAUGACUUUACAUUACCCACGAUGAAACCUUCACAGUAGACUUUUUUAUUUCCCAGCCCGAGAAGCCCAAAAACAACAAUGACAAACUUUAAGAGGCUGGUGUUGGGCCAGCGCUUCAUCCACUGGAAACUCGCUGCAGCGACUCUUAUUUUUAUGGGAUUUGUGUUUUUAAUCCAAAAAGAAGUAGUUGACCGAGAGAUGGACGAGCUGACGAGACAAGGAGGGGCUCACGUCAAAAAAAAGAAAAUGUUGGACAUGAUGAUUGAUGCUGUGAAUAAUUUUAAAGACUCUGUGCCAAAAAUGCAGAUUAAUGCCCCUGAAAAACAGAAGGACCCUGAUGGCAAAAGGCCUUGUCUACCCGGGUACUACACCGCAGCAGAGCUGAGGCCUUACCUGGAGCGGCCACCCCUGGACCCUCAUGCCCCCGGAGCAUCUGGAAAACCAUUCACACCGGAUAAACUCAGCCCCGAGGAAAAGAAAGAAAUGGAAGAAGGAGAAAAGAAACAUUGUUUUAAUUUAUUUGCUAGUGAUAGGAUUUCACUUCACCGAGACCUAGGACCUGACACCAGGCCCCCCGAGUGCAUUGAGCAAAAGUUCAAGAGGUGCCCUCCACUGCCCACGACAAGCAUCAUAAUUGUGUUCCACAAUGAAGCCUGGUCCACAUUGCUUCGCACAGUAUACAGCGUCAUGUAUACAUCCCCUGCCAUUCUUCUGAAGGAGAUUAUAAUGGUGGACGACGCAAGUAUAGAUGAAUACUUAAAGGAUAAGCUGGAUGAGUACGUAAAGCCGUUUCAGAUAGUGAAGGUGGUCCGACAGAGGGAAAGAAAAGGACUGAUCUCCGCUCGUUUGCUCGGUGCUUCAGUAGCAACGGGUGACACUUUGACAUUUUUGGAUGCACAUUGUGAGUGUUUCUAUGGUUGGCUGGAGACCUUGCUGGCAAGAAUUGCAGAGAAUUAUACCGCUGUCGUCAGUCCAGAUAUUGUCACCAUUGACCUCAAUACUUUUGAGUUUAACAACCCGUCACCAUACGGAAACAAUCGCAACCGGGGGAACUUUGAUUGGGGCUUGGGAUUUGGAUGGGAAACCGUCCCGAGUUUGGAGAACAAGAAAAGGAAAGAUGAGACUUACCCAAUAAAGACACCAACUUUUGCUGGAGGUCUCUUCUCGAUUUCCAAGGAAUACUUUGAGCACAUUGGAAGUUAUGAUGAAGAUAUGGAGAUAUGGGGCGGUGAAAAUAUAGAAAUGUCUUUUAGAGUGUGGCAGUGCGGAGGGCAGCUGGAAAUCCUGCCCUGUUCAGUUGUCGGUCAUGUAUUCCGCAGCAAGAGUCCUCAUACCUUUCCUAAAGGCACUCAGGUGAUCAUCCGAAACCAGGUCCGCCUGGCCGAAGUGUGGAUGGAUGGUUACAAAGAAAUAUUUUACCGAAGAAAUCGGGAAGCUGCUAACAUUGUCCAACAGAAAUCCUAUGGAGAUUUAUCAAAAAGAUACAGUUUACGACAAAACCUUCAGUGCAAGAAUUUUUCAUGGUAUCUGAAUAACGUCUAUCCGGAAAUGUAUGUGCCAGACCUGGACCCACUCAUCUACGGAGAUAUACAAAGUGUCGGCAAGCAGUGGUGUUUGGAUGCUGGAGCAGAUAACUCUCACGGAGACAAACCUCCUAUCCUGUACACCUGCCAUGGGCUGGGGGGUAACCAGUACUUCGAAUAUACAGUAAGUCAUGAAAUCCGACAUAACAUCCAAAAGGAGCUGUGUCUCAGAGCUGGUAAAGGGCAGGUUCUCCUUAAGAGAUGUAAUUACAAAGGCAGAGGGACGACUGUUCUACCUGAGGAAAAAUGGGAACUUCAGAAGGAUCAGCUCCUCUUCAAUGCUGCAUACAAUAUGUGCCUGACUGCAAAUGGCCCCAACCCAAGUCUUGUGCCUUGUAACCCCUCGGAACCUUUUCAGCAAUGGAUUUUCCGACAAAGCCCUUAAGAAAACGAUUGACACUUUCUCUUUAACACUGUGAUAAGAAAAUACACUGUAACAUUUUAUGCCAUCGCAGCCGACUUGGGUUAGUUCGAAAGCAGCUAAGUCUGUUGGGUUACGAAGGAAAAAACACUCGGAACAUUGUGGGUCUGCUGCAGAUGCCAAAGAAGGUCUUAAGUCUUUGUUUUUUGUGUGCGUUUACAUGAUGAUUGUUAAUGGGUCGUGGGGGGGGUCUCUUUAGUGUUUACAAUGACUACAAAAAACUGAGGCUAAGCACCAUGGGCUGGUAAGAUCCUAUGUACUUCUGGACAGGGGAGAGGUAGCCUACCUUAAAGGAGGACUCCAUUCAGAAAUUCUAUAUAGGUUAUUACAAGGUGUUUGUGUGUUCCUUGCAUGCACAUUGUAGGCUGUGUAUCUGCUGUUGCAAUAUGGUUUCUACAUUGUAUCUGCCAGUGGCUGGUUGUCUAGUUGAUGCAUGCACCAGCAAUUUAUUAGACUCCAGCGCCUUUUUGAGACUUUUCUAUAUAUAUACAAGAUGGCGGGUGCACAAUGUUAUGUGACGUGUAAGCUUCACCUAUUGCUAUUUUCCAACCUGGGGUUUUAUAGCUGUGUCAUUGGGUAAACGUAUGGGAUUACAGUUUCUGUUUAAAGCCUCAUGCACACGACCGUUUUUCGGGUCCGCAUACGAGCCGCAGUUUUUGCAGCUCGGGUGCUGACCCAUUCACUUCAAUGGGGCCGCAAAAGAUGCGGA